AUGAAUUCUUGCUUCAUCAUCUCCCUCUGUCUCUCCUCCUCCUCCUUCUUCAUCGACAUUUUAAGCAUUGAGGCUGCACCCGAUUAUCUGUUUCAUGAUUGCCCGAACACCACCCUCUUCACUCCCAACUCCACCUACCGAUCCAACCUCCACGCCCUCCUCUCUUCCCUCUCCUCCGCCGCCGCCGGCAGCACCGACGGCUUCGCCAAUGCCAUCGCCGGUCAAAACCCUCUAGAACGGGCCUAUGGGCUCUUCCUCUGCCGCGGCGACCUCAACAGCACCGAGUGCAGCCGCUGCGUGGCCGCCGGAGAACAGGAUAUCCUUCAUAGAUGCCCGAACCAGCGAGUCUCCACAAUAUGGUACGACCAGUGCAUGUUGCAGCACUCGAACCGGUCCAUCCUCUCUGCCAUGGAGCGAUCGUUAGAUCGUGUUUUGUAUGACGUUGGGAACGUCACCGACCCAACCCGGUUCAGGGAAGAAGGUUGCAGCAGCGGAGGCAAACUCCACUAG